UUAUCGUUAUCGACAGUACAACUAAUCAGCUGUGAAAGUACAAACUGCUAUAUUUUAUAUAGACUGAACUUAAAAUUAAGUCAUGGCGGACGACAACUGCAUUUUCUGCCUAAUUUCCGAUGGGCGGAUCCCCUCCACUGUUUUGGAAGUCGAAAACGAUGACUUUGUCAUCUUCCAGGACAUUAAACCCGCUUCCCAGCACCAUUACUUAGCAGUGACAAAAAAGCACUACGCUAGCCUCAAGGAUCUUAACAAAUCGCACGAUUCUUUGGUGCAGCUCAUGGAGAACGCCCUGAAGGAUCUUCUGGUGUCCAAGGGAGUUUCUGUCGAUGAUGCCCUCUUCGGAUUCCAUCUGCCGCCGUUUAUCACGGUGAAGCAUCUUCACAUGCAUGCCAUUAGCCCACGCACCCAAAUGACCUUCCUAUCUAAGAUGAUCUUUAGACCCUCCGUUUGGUUCAAAACCGUCGACGAGGCGCGUAUUUACCUUUCCCAAAAAGAAUAGAUCGGGACCAUCAUAGAUAACUGUUAGAUAAAUAUAUAUUGUACUCGCGCGCUGUCAUAAUUAACUAAUAAACGGAGCCAACCUAUACAAAU